AUGCUCCUACCGCUCGGGCUGGACUUCCUCACAUUCCUAUCAGCCACCGUCCUUGUUAUUCCGCUCUUUAAAUCACUAAAGCUUUCGCCUGUCUUGGGCUUCUUGUUCAGCGGCGUGGUGCUGAAACAGCUUGGCCUCUUUCAGGACCUCCAGGACACAGAACGGCUAGGAGAGCUGGGCGUUCUGUUCUUGCUAUUUGAAAUGGGCUUGGAGCUGUCUUUUGACCGCUUAAAGUCCCUGGCCAAGUUUGCUUUCGGUCUGGGCACACUGCAAGUAGCUCUGUGCACGGGCAUCUUCACGGCGUUCGCCUUGCCAGUGGGCCACGGCCUGGGCACCGUGUUUUUGGAGCAGAUUGCCCACGCGCCCCACCGCCUGGUGUCGAUUCGCACCGUGGACGAGGCGGUGGUUAUUGGCGCGGCUCUGUCUAUGAGCAGCUCCGCCUUCGUGUUGCAGCUGCUGCGGGAGCGGGGGGAGCUGGCCACCCGGUUCGGGAGCGCCACGCUGGGCGUGCUGCUGUUCCAGGACAUAGCGGUGGUGCCCUUCCUGGUGCUGUUGCCGCUGGUUACCAACAAAGGGGGAGCUGAGCUCAUGGAGGUGAGGGGGAGGCCGGGCUGGGGCUUGCUUACUCUGUUGGGCCCUACAGCCCUCCAGACAGUGGCGGGACUGGGGGCCCUGCUGCUGGCAGAUAGACUCAUCAUGAAGAGAAUAUUCGAGAUGGUCGCCCAGUCCCGCAACAGCGAGACUUUCAUUGCGCUGUGUCUGUUGACGGUGGCGGGCACCUCCCUCAUCACCCAGCGCCUCGGGCUGUCGGACACCAUGGGCGCGUUCCUGGCGGGUGUGCUGCUGUCGGAGACGUCGUACAGGACGCAGGUGGAGGCGGACAUCCGGCCCUUCAAGGGGCUGCUGUUAGGGCUGUUCUUCGUAACCACCGGCUCGUCCAUCAACCUGGCCUUUCUGCAGUCGCACUGGCAGGAGGUGUUUUGGAUCCUCACUGGUCUCGUGGUGAUCAAGACUGGCGUGGUGACGGCCGCGGGGCAGUUGGUCGGGCUCAGUAGGAGUGAGAGCAUCCGCACGGGCUUUGUCCUCUCCCAGGGGGGCGAGUUCGCCUUCGUGCUGCUGUCCCUAGCCAACCAGCUGAGGAUACUGCCGACCAACCUGAACCAGCUGCUCAUCAUUGUGGUGGUGCUGUCCAUGGCUCUGACCCCCUUCCUGGCGGAAACCGGCAAGGUGGUGGCCAACAAGCUUGAUGAGUUGUACCCACCAUUGGCAUCACUGCCGCCGGUCUCCGACCCCGUCGUGAUCUGCGGCUUCUCGCCCGCGGGUCAAAUGGUGGCGAAUAUGCUGGAGAGCCCCCUAGCGUCAUUGGACGGCUCAUCCGUACUGCCGUACGUGGCGUUUGACCUGGAUCCGGACCGGGUGGCUGCGGGGCGCAAGGCGGGUUUCAAGGUGUUGUACGGUGAUGCCACCCGCAGUGUCGUACUCCGGGCUGCGGGCGUGGAGGAGCCCCGGGCAGUGGCGGUCUGCUAUGCUGACCGGGAGGCGGCGCUGCAGGCCGUGUCCAGCAUGAGGAUAGACUUCCCCUCCGUGCCCAUAUACGCGUGUGCCUCGGACCUGCGCCAUGCCGCCGAGCUGGAGGAGGCGGGGGCCAACCACAUAGUCAUUCGCAGCGUAGAGGCGGGUCUGGCCCUGGGGUCCAUGAUGCUCGGCGGUCUGGGGGCCUCGGAGAUCGACCUCAACUUCCUGAAAAGGGGCAUCGAGGAGACCAUCGAGGCGCGGUGA